AUGUCCGACCAGCUUUUCGAGUCGUUUACGCUCAGAAAUGCUUUCCAUCCCGCGGAUUCGCCGCACGGCAUGCGAAAUUACGACUUGGGCGCCCUCACGAGGGACCAGAAGCGCGAAUUGAACGAAAUGAAAAUGAUCACUCGCAAAGAGAACGAGAUUUACCUGCAUGCUCAUCCGGAAGUGCGGGCUUUAAUCGCCAUUUUGCUAAGAAAAUUAUUCAUCCUGCAUCUCACUUUUCGGUACGUCGUUAAAAUCGCCCGCAGACACGUCCUAUCGAAGCGGCCGCUCAUCGAUAUUCCCGAAGUCGUAGGAACAUUUUUCAACAGACCGCGUCGUGAGAUUGCCGCUGACCUUUUGGAUUACUCCUCGUCUGCCGAUAAACGACCGGAUAUAAUGGACAAUCUUGGACGGGAAGUAUUUCGAGCGAACGACCACAUUGAAAUUCCGCACGGUGACGACUCGGAUUCGCAAAUCUGCGAUUGUGUCUCGUAUCUCGGCUGCUGUAAUUGCACGGAAAGAAGAACGCCGUCAUCUCUGAUAAUUCGGCCUAAUUGUUCGAGCGAGUGCGACGCGAUGUAGACGAGAGAGAGAGAGGGAGAGAGAGAGAGAGAGAGAGAGAGAGAGAGAGAGAGAUCGACUCGUCCGUUCGUACGUGUCAAAAAUCGGUUGAGAGUUACGGAUAGAUAGCGCGAUUCGUCGAAAACAAGCCGGGCUGUUUCCAGAAAAAGCCCCGCGGAACGCUCAGCCAAUCAGAGCGUUCGCGCGGCG